CUGCUCGGCCGCUCCCCCCUCCCGUGUCCCGUCCGCCCGUCUCUCCCGCCCGCAGCUCCCCGUGCACGGCUCUGGGUAAACACAGGCCGCUGGGCUCGCGCUCCCUCCUCACCUCAACCGCAGCAUCCACCCAUGACCCCGCCACAUGUGGUCGCUCGCGAGUCUAUGCGAGGACGAACGCGCCCCUGUUGACUCUGAAAUGUCUUCAAUUGCAGGCCUUUCCACCGUCGGCAGCAGGAUUCGGAGCAGGUAGCCGCCCGCUCACUGCCCGAUCGGUAGGACCGGUUCCCCCACAAUGGACCUGGACACGCCGCCACCGCCGACGCCUGCCGCGACGGUGUCGACACCUCGGCUCGUUCAACGGCCGCUCCCACUCACCGAGUCGCCGCCUCGGGCCGCGGCAUCGCGGCCAGAAAGGACGUUGAGGGACGCGCGCCUGUUGCGAUCUCCACCAAAACCUGGGAAGGAUGGCGAACGGGCCAAGGCGGCACGAGGCGCGCUAGGUCUCGGUCUGGGGAAAACAAAGCCCUGGGCGUCCGCCAGUGCCCAGACAAAGCCAUUGCUGCCCCUGACGGAACGCAGGUCGCACGAGGAGAACUUGGCGGCGCGACGGGCGAAAAAAGGCAGCCAGGAUGACGACAAGUGGGAUCUCACUCCAGAUGGUGGCUCGGCAGGGCGCGAGGGGAGACAGUUCGCUGUCGCAAACGUUGGGAACAAUGGCCGAAUAUACCUGAGGCCAACUGUUCGCCCCGCACACCAGCGCUACCCGCAGCCGCCCUUUGUGUUUCCCAUGACUCCGCCUAGCACCGCCGGACUCGACGCCCUGACUUCGGACCAGCGCAUGGGUCCUGACCCAGACUCGACUUUACAGCUGCCACCCCGCGAUUGGACGCCGUCACACCCCCCUUCUUCGUCUCCCAGUCUCGGACGCCACAACUCGGGCGAGAAGCAGAUCAAGAUCCGUCCGCGACAUCGCCGGGCCAUGUCCGACUCCACGGUGCCCGACACGAGCGUAGCCCGAGAAUCGGAGCCCGGCGGAUUCAAAGUAGUCAUCACGCAGCCGGGCGAGGAGCAGCGACCAAAAACCGUGGAGGAAAUGGACUGGAGCCGGCCGCCGUUGCUAGAAGUCGCUAUUCCGUCAUGGCGAAUAGGCACGCCCAGGUUCAGUGUCCGCGGGACGCCGUUCAUCCGGGGCUCAUCGUAUGCCCCGACUGAGGAGAUCCGCUCCAGCAGCGCCUCCUUCCUACGUCUCACGCCCCAUGACGAACCCUCGAGCGACUCCAGGAAACCGAGCCUCUUCCGGGCCUCGGGGUUGCUGGACCCUUCGCCUGAUUCCGUCAACGGUCGCGGUCCGAGCCCGCUUCGCUUUACCCCUCCACUACGAGCAACGUACAUGUCCACUCACCUUGUGAUUGAGCCGUCCAUGUUCGACGCCUUGACCUUCAAACCCGACUGCGACGAUAGAACCAUCGUCCGGUACUCGACGUCUGGGUCCGUCACUGCAGCCACCCCGCCCCGCUUGGUCGCCGAGAUUACCUCCCCGAGCUUCCUCGAUUAUGAACUAAUAUCCGACUUCUUCCUCACCUACCGUUCCUUCCUCGAACCUUCGGACCUCCUGCGCAUGCUCUUUGCCCGCUUAAGAUGGGCGCUGAGCCGGGACGAUGAGGUUGGCUUGGUGGUAAGGGUCCGUACAUUCGUCGCCUUACGCCAUUGGAUCCUCAACUAUUUCCUCGACGACUUCCUGGUGGACUACGACCUCCGAGUCACGUUCUGCACUCUGCUUAAUGAGCUUGUUGAUGAGGUGUCUCAGGAGCUACAGACACGGAAAUCGCCGCUCAAGAUCCUGGCGGAAUUGAAAAAGUGCUGGCGCAGGGUGUGUGCGCAGUUCUGGGACGGGGCUGAGUUUGACACAUCACUGGGACCGGGGGUGCCUAUCUCUCCCGGGGGCGUCGCUGGCCACCGCGACCCAAGCCUGGACCCGACCAUCUGGUUGCAAAGCGACAGCGGGCCGCCUCAGCUCGACGACCCGUCGGUGCCGGCUACGCUUCUAACGCGGGCGAGCUUCCAUGCCGGCGUGCCGAAGACCGCUUAUAUCGACGCCGUCGUUGCGGGAGACCGGCCGGCAACCCCGGAGGACCAGGUGGUCAGUACCGGGGUGGAGAGGAACGGCGCGAUUUCGCCGACCAGCAUCGCCAGUGUUGACGUGGUGUCGUGUUCGUUUCCUACCAAGGGUACGCGACCCGUGCAAGCCGGCGCCGGGUACGCAACCGCACAUCCUGUCGACCCCAGCACUAUGCACGACGCUGACCCCGUCGCCACCACGCCCCGCGCGCUUGCGGGCAAGCGUGCCCGUCCGCAGCCGGCUCACAAGCGCAACGGCAGCCUUAGCGACUCCCUGCGAGACCAUCCGACCACGACAGAGCGUGGUCUCCUUAAGAACGCCGAGUUUCUUUUGGCGCUUCCGUAUGGCGGAAGUCUGGUUCGAGGAAACCUGCUGCCACCUUCGCAAGCACUAGUCGAAGUCCCUCACCCAGGCGGGAACGCGAGGCAAACCACCAUUUUCCAGUCGGUGCCGAAUGAGCUGAGUAAGGAGAGCACCGGGGCGUCAGCCAUGUCAGGGCAGGGUAUGAAGAGACUCUUGGGUAGCGUACGGCGCGCUCUGAGCACCAGGGGCCAGCAUGUGUCGCCCACACAGGGGACAUACAUCAACAUGUCUCCGAUUGGACCCAAGGGCGCGACGACCAACAGGCUCCCCGGCACCCCGAUCGUACCACAGCCACGGAGCCGCCAGAAUGGCGCCCGGCCUUUGGUUCGCAUUGACUUGCUCGGUGCCGAGGUUGCUGAGGACUUCAAGAAGGCUGUUCGCGAGGAUUCGCAAGCUCAGAGCGAGAGACCUGCGCACAGCCCACCCGCCUCGCACUUGCAAGCGCCUGCAGAUACCGCGGGACAUCCGACCACACGAGCUGAUGCGUCUCCCAUCCGUUUCUCGGGCGACCAUGUGGUGACGCGGCCCACAAGUGACAUGGGCAUCACCGCCGGCAGCAAGUCCAUCGUCAUUGUCGAUGACACCACUGUUCCCGGCAAAUACCCCGCCAUGACUGGUGCCUUGCCGGCCGUCAACUCAUCGGUCGAGGCGUUCGCCGAAGCGUUCGCGCCCCACGGCGCGGACCCGACCCCGCCGAACACUCCGCCUAGUCGCCCUACGGGGACGCCGAGGAGGUCCUCGUACGUAUUGGGUCAGCAUGUGUUGCGGCAUUCGCUGUCGGCCGACCCCCUGCCGCCGUUCAUUCCCGAUAUGGAGACCCUUGGGCCGAGCGCACGCCCGUCCAAAGAACAUACCCGUCCUUCGCUGGAUUCUUCGAUACAAGACGCAAAGCGACCGACCCUCAGCGGCGUGAGGGGCCACACGAGACAGGCCUCGAGUCGCUCGUACAUCUCGGCCCGUUCGAGAGGUCUUGCGCGCCGUGCGUCUUUUGCCAGCGGCACCUUUCGGCAACCCACGAUCCGCAGCUUCGAUGCCACAACAGUAUCCGGGCAGUCCCUGGGCGACUCCUCCCCCGUUCUUGCACCGCAGCCCCUUCGCGUCCUGAGGAGAAGACCGGGCGGCGAUCUCCGUGCUGUCGCUAAUGCCGGCGAUCUCGAUCGGGCACCUCUCCGGAGAUCUCGUUCCGCAGCCUCUUUGACUACGUACAGCGAGUCCAUCCGCAGCUCGUAUCUGCGCAGCGCCCGUGCUGAUUCAGGAGGCUAUGUUAACGUCGUCGCGAGCGACUAUUCCGCGGGCCAUGCCGAGACAACCUUCUCCCUGGGCGCUCUUGCCGACCCGAAUCCCAAGCCCCAUCUGUCGCUCUUCAGCACCCACUCGUCAAAGCCGGUCAUGCGACCCUCGUUUGAGGCUGAAGCACAGAAGCUAGCGCUAAUUCCCGACGACUUGGAUGAUGACGGCGGCGUCGAGUCUGCGUUGCUGAAGCUGGAGGGCAAAUACCAAAAGAAGACAGGCGCCAAACUGUCGAUGGAUCUCGGCAGGACCGCCCCUCAGAUCGAUGUCUCGUUGGAGCCCGCACUGCAAGAGGGUGUUACGGAACAUGCUGCAACAAAACACGAGAAGCACGAGCAUCGCAAUGCCCACCUAAUCAACGAGCCGCCACCGCCCCCGUCGUCGAUCGCGCCCUCCACGAUCACUCCACCAGGCGCUCUCCUAGAUGUCGCGGGCCGGAGCGACCGAGGCCACACCGGCGUCCAGUCUUUUCUGUCAGACGAUUCAAGAGCCUCCUACUCGUCGAUUCCCCUGCUGGAACGCGGGCUGACCGAUGACGGACGGAGCCCAGAGACUGAGGCGCAGGAAUGGGCAAAUCGUUCCGUCUUACAGGGCCCUGACGAGGGUCCAGUAACGCCCGAAAAUCGCAAUGUCCACGAUUCCCAGCAUCCUUCGUUCGACUUCAUCAACAAGACAGACAGCAUGGAUCAGAUCCAGCAAGGGGCCACUCUUCCGACAGCUGAACCAGCGCGGGACAGCGUGGAACAAUCGUUCCUGGACGUGGAGAGCGACAAUGAGAGCGACCUUUCGUCGGAGUUGUCUGCGGAGGAAAUUGCUCAGGAUGCGGCGGGAACUGACCCUUCGGCUAUUGGCGUCGCCAUAUCCUCCUUGCCUGCCCAUCCUCUUGGCGAGAGCCAGUCAUCUAAUCCGCGUCCCCGAUCCCCGCCUGUCACGCUACUUCAAGCCCUCCAGAUGUCACCGGAAACCGCCUACGUUCCAACGCUCCAGGAUCACCAGGUCUGGGAGAAGCCGCUGCCGCCCACUCCGGAAGCCACACCGACCACGGCCGGGGCGCCGUUGUCGUUCGGCCAAUCCCCGCUUUCGUCGCCCACGGACCCAACCGGCACCAAGGAAGCCCUGCGGAACGCCCCGAGGCUGGAGAUUCCCGACCCGGCCGCAGAAGAGCGUCCCAAGGCGGUGCACAACAAGUACUCGGUUCACCUGCCCUUCAUCCUUGCCUUCGACAGCGACGUACUGGCGCAGCAAUUCACGCUCGUCGAGAAGGACGCGCUCAACGAGAUCGACUGGAAGGAGCUGAUCGACAUGCGCUGGAAGAACGCCGAGCAGAACGGCAUCCACGUGCGCAGCUGGGUCUCGUUCCUCCGCGACACGGACGCGCGCGGCGUCGAGGUGGUCAUCGCGCGGUUCAACAUCAUGGUGAAGUGGGCCAUCUCGGAGAUCAUGCUCACGCAGGACAUCGAAGAGCGGGCUCGGUGCAUCAUCAAGUUCAUCCACAUCGCCGCGCACUGCCGCCGGUACCGCAACUUUGCCACCAUGAGCCAGAUCACCAUCGCGCUCACCAGCAACGAGGUGGGCAAGCUGAGCAAGACGUGGGCGAUGGUGCCCGCGCACGACAGGCAGACGCUGCGCGAGCUGGAGACGCUCAUGUCGCCGACGAGGAACUUCUACAACCUGCGGGCCGAGAUGGAGGGCGGCGGCACCGCGGUGGCCGACAUGGGGUGCAUACCGUUCGUGGGCAUCUACACGCACGACCUGCUGUUCAACGCGCAGAAGCCGAGCGAGAUCGCGAGCUCCCCGACCACGGCGCCGCUGGUCAACUUUGAGCGCUGCCGGACGGCCGCCGGCGUGGUCAAGACGCUGUCGCGGCUGCUCGAGGCCAGCUCGCUGUACACCUUCCAGCCGACCGAGGGCAUCACGGAGCGCUGCCUGUGGAUGGGCGCCCUGGAGGAUGACGAGAUCCGCCGGCUGAGUGAUGCGCUGGAGUGACAGUCAGUCUCGACGAUACCACCGCCACGACCGACGCUCGCAACACCUCCCUCCGUCCCUGUGCCAUGGACAGUUUACUUGGUCCGCAUUUUCAUCUUUUUUCAUCUGACGGAGCAUAAUAGCAACAACAUCUUGGUCAUUAUAGACAGUUCCCAUGCUCGCGCAUGUGUCACCCCGCGUCUUUGCUCCCACCUACUUGACUUGCGAAGCACGAUCACCAUUUUCAUUUAUUGCAUUGCAUUUCAUCGGCGCUACUUCCACCACCACCACCAAUCUAUAUCUCCUUUACCUACCUACCUGCUUGCCUAACUUCCGCCACGUCGUGUCGUUCAUCUGCUUGACGUACUACCGUAUUCUCUAAUCUUUCACCCGCUCUCACAGACAUUGCCACUCUCCAUUUUCCUUGGCCAUUUCCUUCCCCGCAUUCGAGGCGCUAUUGCUUUUCUUUUUUCUUUUUCUUUUUUCUUUUUUUUUUUUUUCCUUUUUUAGA